UCUUGUUCCUCUAUCUGCUCUCUCUUCACAGCUAGCUAUAGCGAGGGAUGUGUGGACCAACCAGAGAUGCUACUGGCGCCGCCGUCGGCCAGCUGCCGGCGGCGAUGGUGCUCCCUGCGUCGCGCCGGCCUCCAGCUCCCACUGCUGCAGCUGCUCUGCAGCGUGGAAAAAAUCGCCGGAACAAGAAGAAGGGGAAAACCGGACGGCGGCCGGCGGUGAGCUGGCACGGGUUCCGAGGAAUCCACCGGCGCAAGAGCGGGCGGUGGGCGGCGGAGAUCAGGGACGUCAUCCAGGGCUGCCGCGUCUGGAUCGGCACCUUCGACACGGCGGAGGCGGCGGCCACGGCCUACGACGCCGCGGCGCUCGCCAUCCACGGCAGCAAGGCCAAAACCAACUUCCACGGCUACCGCGCUACGCCGCCGGCCUCCCUCGUCCAGACGAAGGAGCCGCCGGCGGCGGAGCUCUGCUACGCCGCCCCGUCCCCGGUGCUGCUAGCCCAUGCUCUGGAGGCCACCCAAGGGUGGGAGUUCGAGCCGUACAUAGGAGUUGUCCACGGCUUGUCGCUCAUGGACAUCAACUACACAUACGCCGCCGCCGACGAAGAGCAAGGCGCCGCCGCCGCCGGUCUCUGGUACUUCUAGCCGGCCGGCCCUGCACCAGCUAUAUAUGAAGCAAUUAAUUAAUAAAUAAUGACGUACGCUAGCUAGUGCGUACGUUUAGUGUGUUUGUUUGUUGUACUUUGUGUUCGAUUGUACCUAUCUUCGUCCACGUGCUCCACCGGUCUAAAAUAUAAAUAUUAUCGACGAUAUAUUAAUUUGUAUAAUAGAUAGGAGAAUAUUUAUCUAGUACUAUUUGUAUCUCUCUUUGAUCUCUACCUAUGUGUGUUUGUAAUAAUUUGGCACUGAGCAAGCAAGUAAUGUAAGAAAUAUCGUGUUUA